AUGAAUACUUAAAAAGAAGAAGUAAAAUCAAGACUCUCAAAAAUACUCAGCAAACCGCAUAGGGACGUGUCUCAAAAAGUUUCAGUUGAAAACUCUAGGAAAUCUAGUAUCUAAGAACCUCAAAGUGAUACUUUAAGUAAUUCAUCUUCAACGCAAAGCAUUCUAGGAAAUCUGCAAAAGGAAGGAGCUUGCAUAUAUCCUUUAGAUGAUGCUCGCUACAAGACAACCUGGAAUUCGAGAUCAGUUAAAAAAUUAUCUAAUGAGAGCAGAAUAAAUAAGCUAAAAAAAGCAAUUGAUGCUAUAGAAGAAUCAAAAAGUUCAAUUUUGAAUUCAUUUGACCAUUAAAGAUAAAAAGUGUAAUCACUUAGCAAGAUGACUUUUUACGGACAAGAUGGUAAAAAACGUGACAUAGCUGAUAUAUUUUCUCCGUUAUCAAAUAGAGUUAAUGAGGAGUAUAAUCAACCAUAAAAUGUGAUGUAACAAGUAUAAUAGUAAUAGCAUAUUUAACGACCACUUAAUAACAUCUCUACUUAAAAAAGACAGUAAAAUAACAUCAGUAUUAGUGGCUCAGGAAGUGCAGUUCAAGGGAAUUAUAACCUUAACAUGAAUUAAAAUAGCAACUAAAAUCUUGUAUAUGAUUAUUAGUUCAGUGACAUGGCUAAAAUUUUGAAGUAAACUACAAACACAGGCUAACAUAAAAAAAUAAUGGUUAAAAAGGAAUCUAUUCUUGACAUGUCUCCAAGUUUGAGUCUCAAUAUUAACAACUUAAAUUCUAAAUUAAAACGGUAGAUUGUUGAUAAAGGCUCUAAAUAAAAAUUAAUGAGAGUUUUAAGACAGAGUAACGAGUAUGUUAUUGAGAAUACAUAAUAAGCAUCUCCUAAGCAAUAAGAAAUCAACCAAUUUGUCACAUACUAAAAUCAGUUAAAGAGUCUAUAUAAUAGCAUUAAAAUUAAGCAAUGA